AAAAUUCAAAUAAGAUUACCUCUUCUAACGGCGGCGGCGUCGCAGUUGCGUUUUUCUCUUUUUCAGCACAGCGCAUAACAGCGUCAAUGGUGAAACACUGCAGACCCCCGCUGAGUACACAACACGGGUUUCGACGUAUCCGCUGAAACCGUGUUAGGGGCACAUUGGACGAGUCCCAUCACAACUCGUAAGUUGUAACUCACCCAUUACGUAACCGACCCAGGUUGUGCGAAUUUCACGAACACACGCUUCGCUUCGAUAUUAUUCCGCUGCGAUUCCGCAUGCGAUUCAGUACGGAAUACCCUCUGCGUACCGUAACCUCGUGCGAUCCUACGAGUUACCUCGCUAUUUUAACAACACUGGUCGCACUCUACGCAAUUAGGGUUACGUUCUUCCUUCAAUGUAUUUGGGGAUGAUGCGAAGAACCUCGUCGAUUCAUGUCUUCACUCUUCUUCGAUACUCUGGUUCGUGUUCUAACCCCGCACACUUUCUCCUCCACCCAUCGCACCCUUCUUCAUCUUUCUCCACUAGUGUUGAUACUCACAAUCACACCUCUAAACAGAGAUCCUCAUUCCUCGAUUCCAUGAGAAACCUGAAAAAUGUAGACGCCGCCUUGGAUUUCUUCCACACAAUGGUCUCAAUGAAGCCCUUCCCUUGUGUCAAGGACUUCAAUUUACUGUUCAGCAUUGUUGUUAAGAUGAAACGUUACAAAACCGCCAUUUCGCUAAUUAAACAAAUCUAUUCCCUAGGGCUGAAACCGGAUAUCUACACUCUCAAUAUUGUUAUCAAUUGUCUUUGCCGUUUGAACCACACUGUUUUUGGGUUCUCUGUUUUGGGACUAAUGCUCAAAAUUGGUGUGGAGCCUGACUUGGUGACUCUUAACACCAUCAUUAAUGGGCUUUGUAUAGAAGGCAAUGUGGAUCAAGCAGUGAGGUUUGCUGAGCAUUUGGGAGAGUUGGGUUAUCAAUCAGAUGGGUACACCUAUGUAGCAAUAAUUAAUGGAUUGUGUAAGGUAGGUGACACAUUUGGUGCUACCUCAUAUAUCAAGAAGAUGGAAGAAAGAAAUUGGAAUUUGGAUGUUAGAGCUUAUACCACGACUAUGGACAGUCUUUGCAAGGAUGGGAUGGUAUUCGAGGCGUUGGAUUUGUUCUCACACAUGACUAGUAAAGGUAUUCAACCUAAUCUCGUUGCUUACAAUUGCUUGAUUUAUGGCCUUUGUAAUUUUGAUAGAUGGAAAGAGGCUGCAACUCUACUUGGUAAUAUGAUGAGAAAUGGAAUCAUGCCGGAUGUGCGGACUUUUAGCAUUGUAGUUGACUAUUUUUGCAAAGAGAGGAUGAUUUUGAGGGCUAAAUGCAUAAUAAGUUUCAUGCCACGUAUUGGAGUGGAACCUAAUGUUGUCACAUAUAAUUCAGUGGUUAGUGCUCAUUGUUUGCUAAAUCAAAUGAAGGAUGCCAUGGAAGUUUUUGAUUUGAUGAUUCGGAAGGGGUUCUUACCUGACGUUGUGACUUAUAGUUCCUUAAUCCAUGGAUGGUGUAAAACUAAAAACAUAAAUAAGGCUAUGGAUUUCUUGCGUGAAAUGCUUAAUAAUGGACUGAAUCCAAAUGUUGUCACUUGGAACACUCUUAUUGGGGGGUUUUGCAAAGCAGGGAACCCAGUAGCUGCGAAAGAAUUGUUUUUUAUAAUGCACAAGCAUGGCCAACUUCCCAAUCUCCAAACUUGUGCUAUUAUAUUGGAUGGCCUAUUUAAGUGUCAUUUUCAUUCCGAGGCAAUAUCAUUGUUUAGGGAGUUUGAGAAGAUAAACUUGGAUCUUAAUAUUGUAAUUUACAAUAUUGUUGUGGAUGGAAUGUGUAGUUUUGGAAAACUGAAUGAUGCACUAGAACUGUUUUCUUGCCUGCCAAGUAAAGGUGUCAAAAUUGGUGUUGUUACUUAUACCACAAUGAUUAAAGGUCUAUGUAAAGAAGGACUAUUGGAUGAAGCCGAAGACCUGUUGAUGAAAAUGGAAGAAAAAGGAUGUCCCCCAAAUCAGUGCACAUAUAAUGUCUAUGUUCAAGGAUUGCUAAGGAGAUAUGAUAUUUCAAGAUCAAGAAAAUACCUUCAACUAAUGAAAGACAAAGGUUUAUCGGCAGAUGCUACCACCACAGAAUUGCUUAUCAGAUGCUUCUCUGGUAAUAAAGAAUAUAGUCCAUUACAAGAGUUUUUGCAGAAGUUUGCUUGAGUAUUUAAUAUUGGUAUAUUUGGAAUACCAACAUUUGCCUGAGGGCCAAGACCAAGAAAAAUCAUAUACGUGCAAAUAGGUUGCGGGAGAAAACACCCAAACCCAAGAUAGAUAGGAUUAUUUGGCAGAGGUCCCGAAGAUUUGUUGAUGCACUUGGAGAAUUGGAUGACUGCCUUACAAUGGUGCACCUUUUUGCAGCAUUACCUGCAUCAGAGGGUAAAAAAAUUGAAGUGGUGCACCUUCUGGCUAAUUCUUAUCUUGCGGAGGAUUAAGCCAUCAUGUCAGAAUAAAACAACUCAAAAUGAAGGCUGAGGAGGGAUUCAACAUUGCAUAUUCUUUCAAGAUGUGAGCUUCAAAUUCACAAACAUUGGAGCACUUCAAUUUUUUAUUUACUUAAAUAAUAUUACUCAGUUUAGGAUUGGAGGUUUCUGCUCAACAAGGUCCUUCUCUCCUUUUAUUUUUGCCACAGAUGUUACAGAUAGCAAUUAUUUGCCACUUUUGAUAAGUUUAUCCAGCUGAUUCUUGCAUUUUGGGUUAAAUGUAUUCAUUUCUUCUUUCAUUUUGUUCUUUUCCGUCCCCCAUUUCUGGUUGUUGGUUGCUGUCUUCUUGUACAUCAGAUUGGAAAUUUAAACACACUGAAUGAAUGAACUGCUUAUACAUA